AUGGCAAAGCGUCAGACCAUAAUUCAGGAGAAUGGCUCCAAGAGAAGGCGAGAGGAGGGGAAGGAUGAUCCGAUGAGAGGACUUGACGUCGCAGAAGACUUGACAACAGAGACAGUCUUGGAGACCUACGACGUGAAGACUUCGGGUGGCAAUUGUGUUCAUGAGUGCGUGCGACCGGCAGAAGCAGCUGGCCAGCCAACGGCAGCAUUGCCAAGUACUCCGGCAAAAACUUACAGUUUUCAGUUAGAUGCCUUUCAGCAAGAAGCCGUGAAUUGCUUGGAGAGAAGAGAAUCUGUCAUGGUGGCAGCGCACACAUCUGCUGGCAAAACAGUCGUCGCGGAGUAUGCAAUCGCCAUGGCACUGCGAGACAAGCAACGCAUUAUCUACACUUCUCCCAUCAAGGCCUUGAGCAACCAGAAAUAUAGGGAUCUGCAGGAUGAAUUCAACGACGUGGGUUUGAUGACGGGUGAUGUAACCAUCAACCCUCAUGCUUCCUGCAUGAUUAUGACGACUGAGAUUUUGCGGUCUAUGCUGUAUCGAGGUUCCGAUGUUUCACGAGAGAUGGCUUGGGUUGUUUUUGACGAAGUGCAUUACAUGCGAGAUCGAGAUCGUGGUGUGGUUUGGGAGGAAGUGAUGAUCUUGCUUCCAGAUUCAGUCCGACUUGUUUUCUUGUCUGCAACAAUCCCAAAUGCCAGGGAGUUUGCAGAAUGGAUCUGCCGAAUAAAGCACCAGCCAUGCCAUGUGAUCUACACUGACAAGCGCCCAGUUCCACUGCAACAUUAUUUGUUUCCUGCAGGUGGCGAUGGAGUGUACAUGGUUGUCGAUGAGAAGGGUCACUUUCGUGAAGACAACUUCCACAAAGCCUUAACAGCCUUGCAGAGUGCUGCUGACUCAACAAAUGUGGACACAAAGAAGAUUCAGAAAAAGAAAAGCAAAAGCAACUUGGGUGACUUGGAAAAGAUUGUGAGGAUGUGUGGUGACAGAGGCUAUUUGCCAGUCAUUGUUUUCUCAUUCAGCAGGAAGGAGUGUGAGGCCAAUGCAGUGGCUUUGAAAAAGAUGGACGUCACAGAUGACGAUGAGAAGAGAUUGAUUGAUGAAGUCUUCAACAAUGCGAUCAUGACACUGGGUGAUGAGGAUCGGGAACUACCUCAGGUGCAAAGUAUGCUUCCGCUUCUGCGACGUGGCUUAGGCAUCCACCAUGGAGGUUUACUUCCGAUGUUGAAAGAAGUUGUAGAGAUUCUCUUUCAAGAGUCUUUGAUCAAAGUCUUGUUCUCUACCGAGACCUUUGCUAUGGGUAUCAACAUGCCCGCAAAGACUGUGGUCUUCACCAAUACUCGGAAGUGGGAUGGCGUUGAAUACCGAAUCCUCAAUGCCGGUGAAUACAUCCAGAUGAGCGGCCGUGCUGGCCGGCGAGGCAAGGAUGAUCGUGGACUUACCAUCAUCAUGUUUGAUGAGAAAGUGGAACCAGAGGUUGCAAAGGAGAUGUUCCUGGGUCAAUCCUCCAAGAUCUUCAGUGCAUUUCACUUGGGAUACAACAUGCUCAUAAACCUCCUCCGUUUGGAAGGUGCAGAUCCAGACUACAUGAUCCAAAGGAGCUUCCAUCAAUUUCAGAAGGACAAGUCCGCCUUGGAGAUUCAAGCUCGGAAGCAAGACCUUGAAACAGAGGUGGCGAACCUGGAGGAUCUUCGUGUAGCAGUGAAUGAUAAUAAUAGCAGCUAUGCAUUCAAUGUAGAUGAAGCGAUUGCAGAUUACUACUACAUCGACAAGCAGUUGAAGAAAAAGAUGGAUGAAAAGCGUGAGAUUAUUGUCCGACCAGAGCAUAUUGCUCCCUUUCUCAAUCCAGGACGGCUUGUGUGCCUGAAGGAUGGCGAGACAGAUUGGGGCUGGGGAAUUCUAAUCUCUGCCGCACGGAAGAAGCUCACUGAACAGCACGUUGUAUUGGAAGAUUCUGAGCCUCAGUGGGUUUUGGACAUUUUCCUGCCUUGCGAUGCGGAGCUGAAAGAUCGACCCCCACGGCCCGACGGCAAAGCAGAGGGCAGGAUCCUAUCUAUGGCACUACCGCUGGUACAAAAGAUCAGCAAGAUUCGAUCGAACAUGCCUUCCGGUGACCCGGAUAGUGAAGAUUCUCGCCGGGCAUUGCUCAAGACUUUGCAUCAGAUCAAGAAUCACAAGAGCUUUAAACAAGGCAUCCCUGAGCUUGACCCAGUGGCAGAGAUGAACAUCAAGACGGAGGAGAUGAGCAAUGUGAUGUCCAGCAUUGCCGACCUAGAGAAGAAGUUGGCCACGAACAGCUUUCACGGCCACGAAAAGAUGCAGCUGUACUAUGAUUGCUUUGCCAAAAAGGUGAAGAUGCAUGGAGAGGUGCAGGACUUGGAGAAGCAGAUCAACCAAAGUCGCUUUAUGGUCAUGAGUGAUGACUUGCGAGCCAUGAGACGAGUGUUGAGAAGGUUGGAAUUUAUCGACAAGGACGGAGUCGUACAGCUGAAAGGGCGAAUGGCUUGUGAGAUUACCUCUUGCGACGAAAUCUUGAUGACAGAGAUCGUGUUUCAGAACGUGUUUGCUGAUAUUGAUGCUAACAACAUCAUUGCUCUAUGCUCUUGCUUGGUCUUCGAUGAGAAGUCAGAGGAUCCGAUCACCAAUAAUCUGGAUCUCAUGAAAGCUUUUGAAACCUGCAAGGGCAUUGCCCGAAAUGUGGCUGAAGUAAUGGUGGAAAACAAGAUCCCUAUUGAUGUGGAGGAGUACGUCCAAAAGCUAAAGCCUCAGUUGAUGGAGGUGGUCCUGCAUUGGUUGGAGGGGAAGCGCUUCCACGAGAUCAUGAAUCAGUGCAACUUGUACGAAGGCAGCGUGGUGCGGGUGAUUCGUCGCCUUGAAGAGCUCAUCCGAGAGCUGGCGACGGCGGCCAAGACCAUUGGCAACGAGGAGCUGGCCUCGUCAAUGCCAGGUAGAUACGACCACUCUGCCGUGGAAAAGGACCUGUAUGGUUGGUGGGAAUCUGCUGGUUUCUUCCGACCAGAAGUUGCAGAGAAGGUCCCCUCCGAGUCAGAGAAGAAGGAGUCCUAUGUAGUACCCAUGCCACCGCCCAAUGUGACUGGCAGGCUUCACAUGGGUCAUGCCAUGUUCGUGAGCUUGGAGGAUGUCCUCACACGUUUUCAUCGAAUGCGUGGCGAUCAAACUCUUUGGUUACCAGGCACCGAUCAUGCCGGCAUUGCGACGCAGAUGCUGGUGGAAAGACAGCUGGCCGCAGAGGGCACCUCGCGCCAGGAAGUGGGCAGGGAGGAAUUCCUGAGACGCGUAUGGGAAUGGAAGGAGGAGAAAGGCGGUGCCAUCGUCGAUCAGAUGCGAUGCUUGGGUGCCUCAGCCGACUGGUCCAGAGAGCAGUUUACGCUGAAUGAUCACAUGAGCGGCGCAGUGGUUGAGGCGUUUUGCCGGUUGCAUGAGAUGGGUGCCAUUUUCCGUGGUCAACGCAUGGUGAACUGGAGCCCAGUCUUGCAGACUGCGGUCAGCGACCUCGAGGUGGAGUACUCUGACGCUCAAGGACACUUGUAUUAUUUCAAGUAUGUCGUAGCUGAUUCAGAUGGCGCGGAAGAGGAAUUCAUCCCGGUUGCCACAACGCGACCAGAGACGAUCCUAGGGGAUUCUGCGGUAUGUGUACAUCCGGAGGAUCCUCGGUAUCAGCACCUCAUCGGCCGAGAUGUCCUUGUUCCAGUUCAAGGGCGCCGUAUUCCGGUCAUUGCCGAUGCUUAUGUCGACCGGGAGUUUGGAACCGGUGCAUUGAAGAUCACACCCUCUCAUGACUUCAACGACUUUGAGAUUGGUCAAAGACACGGCCUUGAGAACUAUACGGUCAUUGGGUUGGAUGGAUCUAUGGCAAACACCUUGGAAGCCUUAGGUUCGCCCGAAUACGUGGGCCUUGACCGAGCCGUGUGCCGGAAGAAGCUUUGGACGGAUUUGGAGGAAGCUGGACUUGCUCUGAAGGUGGAGGACCACAUGCAGCGUGUUCCACUCUCUCAAAGGAGUGGUGAGGUCAUUGAGCCAAUGCUGUCGGACCAGUGGUUUGUCUCUACAGAGGUCAUGGCACAACGCGCCCUGGACGCAGUUGAGUCUGGUGACAUCAACAUUCAACCCGAUCGCUUCGUAAAGACUUGGCAAGACUGGUUGAAGGAGAAGCAGCCUUGGUGCAUCUCCAGGCAACUCUGGUGGGGUCACCGCAUUCCAGUGUUUUAUCCGACCAAUCGUGGAAGCAGCGACAAGUACUUUGUGGCACGCUCAGCCGAGGAGGCACUGGAAGCUGCCCGGAAAGAACUGGGCGAGGACGUGGAGUUAAAGCAAGACGAGGAUGUGUUGGACACUUGGUUCUCGUCAGGACUGUGGCCCUUUGCUACCGUGGGAUGGCCAAGCGAAGACUCAGAGGACUACAAGAAAUACUAUCCAGCCACCAUGAUGGAGACCGGUUAUGAUAUUUUGUUCUUUUGGGUUGCUCGCAUGGUCAUGAUGGGGCUGACUCUAACUGACAAGGCACCCUUCAAGGAGAUCUACUUGCAUGGCCUUGUGAGAGAUGAGAAGGGCCAGAAGAUGAGCAAAACCAAAGGCAAUGUGGUGGAUCCUUUGGACUCGAUUGCCGAAUAUGGCACCGAUGCGCUCAGAUACGCAUUGCUGACGAGCAGUGUGCCAGGAAUGGAUGUGCCGAUCAGCAAGGGCAUGUUGGAGAAUGCCAAGGCUUUUGCGAACAAGAUCUGGAAUGUUGGACGCUUCAUCAUUACUGAGUACGAGAAGAAUGCUGGCGUAGUGCCAAUUUCCUUUCAGAGCGGCAUGACAUUUACAGAGGAGGAGAUCAAAGCCAUGCCUUGGCUUGAGCGUGCGCUACUCUCAAAGUGCCAAGGCCUUUGCAAGAAUGUCACAUCUGCACUGCUGGAGAACCGAUUUGCUCCUCCAACCAAGGACAUCAAAGAGUUUCUACAAGAAGACAUAGCAGCCUGGUAUGUUGAAGCUUCCAAGACAAGGCUCCAAGAACACUUGGGUGGCGAUCCGAAAAGUUCCGAGGCAGCAACCUCCCAGAAAGUGCUGUUGUACCUCUUGGAGGUUUCACUGAAGCUGCUCCACCCCUUCAUGCCCUUUGUGACCGAGGCUGUGUGGCAGCGAUUGCCACGCGACGCCCCGUCUCCAGAGUCCCUGAUGAUUUGCCCUUGGCCUCGCAUGUCAUCUGCCACAGAUGUCGAAGCCGAAGGAUGGUUCGAGAAGCUUUGUGGACUCACAUCGGCCGUGCGCAAUGCGCGUGCGGAGCAAGGUAUCCCACCGAAGGAGCGCGUGGCUCUUACAUUCUGGUGUGCAGAUGCCAGCUUCCAGGAGGCAUUGAAAGCAGAGAGCUCUGCACUGGCGUGGCUUGCGCGAGCUGACCCUGACAAGAUCGAGGCAAGGGCCAUGUCUGAACGUCCAAGCGAGAUGCCUUCCGGGUGCAUUCGCGUGGUCGUGUCGGAGGAGAUUGAGGUGGACCUGCCGGUGCCGGAGAAAGAAAUUGAUGUCGAGAAGGAGCCGAAGAAAUUCUCGAGUUGA